CCGGGAAAAACAAAAAAAAAUUGAAAAAACAAAAAAAAAAAAAAACCAAAAAAGGCACGAACCGGUUCCUAUUUUCCAUGACCCGAGCCCGCCCUUAGUACCACCCGGUUUGGGCCUAACCAGACCGGUCCAGGGCCCGGUUCCAAACAGUGCCGGUCCGGGCCACGGGCCGGUCGGCCCAGAAGCGGUCCAUCCCUAACUAAUAUGAGCUCCAAGUUUAGCCAUUAAAAGUUGUGUCCCAUUGCAAAUUCAAGAUGAAAAAUUGUAUUUCGUGUAAGCUUUAUACACACUCUCACUUCCAGCUUUAGCUCAUGGCUUGGCGAACAAGAACAUCUAAUACUUUUAAGGAAUUAAGGACUAUCUUAUGUAAGUGGUCACCACCUGAGCCAAAUGAAGAUGUCGGGAAUCCAAACUUAGAAUGACGAGAUCUAUCAGUGAACAUUUGUCAGAGAUGAAGCAAACCCUGGAAGCAAACGGCAGGCGGCAGGCUGAGAUCGCCGCAUCCCUUGCGGCGCUGACCAAGGCCCUUGUGCCAUCGAUCACGACGGAGACACCGUCAGACACAGUCAUCAGUGCCGCCAUCGUAGCGGCAACACACAACGACGGACCUCUGCGCAGCACUCCUCCAACGUUGCUGCCCAUGUUCGACAGAAAAGAACCGAUUAGGUGGAUAGCUAAGGCUGAGCAAAAGUUCGAAAUUAAUCAAACCCUACCUGAGAGGAAAGUGACAGCAACCACGGUAGCCAUGGAAGGAGCUGCCUUGGACGGGUUGACCUGGUUGAAGGCACAAAAACCGAGCAUGACCUGGGAGAAAUUUACACAAGCACAGGUGGCCCAAUUUGAUUCACGGUUCAAAGAAAGCCGAUUCAAACAGUUGUUCGGGGUCAAACAGUUGGGAACCGUAAAGGAAUAUAAUAACCUUUUUGUUCAAUUGGCCAGUCAGGUUCCCGGACUGUCCGAUGAUUAUUACUUGGGGGAUUUCAUGAACAAGCUGAAAAGAUCAAGUUGCAGCUUUCCUCAAGAUACGGGGAAGCCCCCAGGGACAAAUAUGAGCCGGUUUCCGGAUUUCAACCUUGAGGACAAGGUUUUUUCGAAGAGGGAUGGAAUUGAUAUGAAGCAGAAUAUGGGCUUGGAAGAAGAGGGAAAGAAGCCCCCGUGGGUUUACCGAAGGCGGGACGGGCUUGAGCCUACCUCCGUGGGCUGGUUACGGGCUGUUUAAUUAAUAUUUAUUCUUUUUAAUUAUCCUGAUUUGUUUCCUAUUAGGAGUUAAUUAGGAUCUCUAUUAUUUGUUUCCUAGUUAGAGUUGAUUAUGAUCUUUAUUAUUCUGUUUCCUAGUUAGAGUUGAUUAGGAUUUCUAGGAUUUUGUUUCCUAGUUUAAUUAUUAGUAGAUGGGUAUUUAAACCCCUUGUUAGGAUUCAUUCUGGCUCAUCUUGGAAUAAAAGUUGGUUUAGCCUUUUGGCUUUGGG